GACAUGAAGCGGAGUUUGGGCUUGAUUUCACUGGCUGUGUCUCUCUGGUCCUCGCCGGGUUGGGGGCUGAGGUGUAAAGACAACGAAUAUCCCCUCUCCGAAACGAAAUGCUGCAAAUUAUGUCCUCCAGGUUAGUGACGCUGAAGGUGUGGGGGAGCAUUUGAAUGCAGAUCUUGUUUUAAUCCUCCGUUUCUACAUUUAUGGCUUCUCGGUCACUUUAGGAGCUACCUAGGGUUUAUUUAUUUAUUUAUUUAUUUUCAUCCUUUGCACUCUGGGGCUGCUCCAUCCAAAAUCGUUUUCAAUGGUUUGCAAAGGGAAGAAAAAUUCAGAUUUUUCUGGAGGGGGGAAAAAAAUCAAGAUUUUUCUAACUGGGAUGUGAGGGGAUGGGACCUUGUCUUAUCUGGCUGGGAAGUGACUCCAUGAUCCUCUAUCGGGUUCUCUGUUUUUCUGGAGGUGUCCUUGAUUUCCUAUCGCUUUUUUUAAAAAAAAUUAAUUUUAAAAUAAUUAAUUUUAAGUGCUGACUCUGCCGUUAUUUUGCUUUUGCCCCCUGACACUCUCCUGGAUGUUUCUCAGCCCUCCCAGUCUAGCUUACUGUGUUAGAAACUCCUGGUGGCCUCCCAUCCGAAGAGACUCUAGAUUGCAGUGUGGGGAAUGGUCCCAAUUAAUUAGAUGCGGUCUCUUUCUUUAAUAAUCGGGCGGGUGUGGUUUGAAGUUGAUCGUUGAUCACUUCUGAAAGUUUCAGUGAAGGGGUACGUAUCUCAUUGGGGGGGGGCAGAAACUCCAGGCAGGUCAAACCCCCUUGUGAGACCCCAUAAAAUCAAGGAGAGGCUAAAUUUCUCCAUUUUUUUCCCCCGGUGAACCUUCACUGUUCUGUCCUCAUGAAUAUGUGAAGUCUCAUUUUGAGUUUGACACUUAUGUGUGUGUGCGUGGGUGGGUGGGUGAGAGAGAGAGAGAGAGACCACUGGGCUGUGGAUUACAAUUCCCAUCCUCCUUGACCAUGAUAGCUGACAGGUCUUCGGCAGAUGGCAUGGCCAAAUAUCUUGUUUCUCCGAAAAUAAGACAGCCCCUGAUAAUAAGCCCAAUCGGGCUUUUGAGUGCAUGCGUUAAAAUAAGCCCUCCCCGAAAAUACUUAAACACACAGCUGGAAAUCGGGUAACACGGCAAGAGGAGCCCCGUCUUGCUCCACGCGCCCCAAUAUAAUAAGACCUCCCUGAAAAUAAGGCCAAGCGCUUAUUUCAGGGUUCAAAAAAAUAUAAGACAGGGUCUUAUUUUCGGGGAAACACGGUACUUUCCCUGUUAGUCGAAAUGUCCAGCUUAGCUGAAGAGAGCCCCGAGUUCUAAUCUCUCCUCAAAGGAAGGUUGAUGGCCACUCCUCAACCUACCUCGCAGGGUUGUUUGGAGGGUGACACGGAGAAGGAAACUGGGCUUCCUGGAGGAUGGAUGGCCUGUCAUUUGGGGGGCGGGGACUGUCGCAGAAAUGAGGCUCGGUUUCCAUCCGCGAACAUCUUCUUGCAUUCUUUAGGAAAAGAGCUGGCGAAACGUUGCACGGGCUCAUCCCCGACCGUGUGCGAACCGUGCGAUGAGAAUUACUACAACGACAAACAUACCCACUCGACGUGUAAUCGUUGCACAGAUUGUAACGCCGAGCGAGGACUCCAGGAGAAAACACCGUGCCGGACGACUUCGAAUACCGUCUGCGCCUGCCUUCCCGGCCACGCUCCUGAAGAAAGCCCAGAGGAGAAAAGAUGCAAACCCUGUCCCAGCGGGUAUUUUUCCCUCGGAGGGAACGAGAAAUGUCGUCCUUGGACCAAUUGCACAGCCAGCGGCAGGAAAAUCCAACACCCUGGGAAGCAAGACACGGAUGCGAUUUGUGAAAAGCCGUCCAGCAAGAUUCCCACCCAGCGCACUAUCAUGCAUCCCACUCCCUUUCCAAAGGAGACCGGUGUCUUCACCAUGAACCUGGAUUUAUCUCCGAGUGUUGUGCCUACAAAUCCAGGAUUUGUAUGGAUUUUGAUCACCAUUGUCCUCCUGAUGACCGGAGCUGGAAUCUUGGUAUUUCUGUUCUUUUAUCGCAGGACGAAGAAAAAGAAAUUCGACAUUUUGUGCACUGAAAUUUAUGCUCUCCCCUGCAAAGAGAACGAUUAUCGAUUGCCAAUCCAAGAACAAGAAGUCGGCGUUAAAUCCGAUUUUGUACAGGGCUGACCUACCAAAAGAAACAAGAACAAAAAAACAAAAAAAUCCCCCGAAUUUGGACUUCUGAAUCAGAAAUAGAGUUUAUCUGAGUUUAUUUUUCAACCGAUUCUUUUUUAUUCUGAAUGAAUCAGCGUAUCUUUUGCAUAUCUUUUUUCCGUAUCUCCCUCCCUCCCCCUAUUUCUCCUCCCUGAUAUUGUUUCGGGGUUUAUUAUUUUCUUCUUCUUCUUGUGGUUUCUUUUGAAGUAUUUGCCCGAAUUUGCAUAUAUUAUUUUUCACAGCCUUCUUUGUUCUAAAAAAAGGAUGUGAAAAGGUGCUUGUGCAUCAUUUUAUUCUUUUUUUUUUUAUUCAUCCAACGAUAACAGGAAGAACUAAAGUAA